AUGUCGGCCACAGCGACAAGUACCAUCACUCUCACCAGCUCCGAUGGAGUCUCCAUGGCCAUGGAGCGCCAAGUUGCUGAGCGAUCCAUCCUUAUUAAGAACAUGCUUGAGGAUCUAGGUGACUCUGGAGAGGCGAUUCCAAUUCCCAACGUGAACGAGUCUGUUUUGAAGAAGGUUGUGGAGUGGUGUGAGCAUCAUAAAAAUGAUCCCCCAAGCACCGGCGACGAAGAUAGCGACUCUCGGCGCAAGACAACCGAUAUUGAUGAGUGGGACCAGAAAUUUAUGCAAGUCGACCAGGAGAUGCUUUUUGAGAUUAUCUUGGCUGCAAACUACCUCGACAUUAAGGCUCUGUUGGAUGUCGGCUGCAAGACUGUUGCCAACAUGAUCAAAGGAAAGUCUCCCGACGAAAUCCGCAAGACUUUCAAUAUCCAGAAUGACUUCACCCCUGAGGAGGAAGAUCAGAUCCGCCGUGAGAACGAGUGGGCCGAGGAGUAA